AUGAUCGAGAGGCAAUUCGUGCAAAAAGUGGGUGUUCCUGUGAUAUCGGCGCCCCCGGAAACGAAAUGGUUCUCAUCGGACACUGAAAGCGAAAACUCGGAAGGCGGAAAACUGGUCAAACUCUUCGACAACAUGUCAUCUUUAGAACGCCUAGUGUCCUGCCUAUCGGAAUUCGCCGGAACAGCCUGCUUGGUCUUCGUAGGCUGCCUAGGCUGCACCAUCAACGCUCCGCUGGAACAAGUCGCUUUCACCUUCGGCUUCGCCAUCAUGAUAGGCGUGCAGGCUUUCGGUCACAUCUCCGGCGCCCACAUUAACCCCGCUGUAACGGUAGCAGCCGCAGCUCUGGGUCAUUUCCCGCUGAUAAACAUCCCCAUUUACGUCGCCGGGCAGCUGCUGGGGUCCCUCACAGGCUUCGGAUUGGUUAAAGCGAUAGCCAAGACAAAAAUCAACGAUAGCGCUUUGGGAGUGUGCUCGCCCGCCCCCAAUCCGGACCUGUCCGGUUUCCAAAUAUUCCUGGUCGAAUUCCUGCUGACCCUGGUGCUCGUGUGGGUGUGCUGCGCCAUAUGGGACAGCAGGAACGCGGAGAACACCGAUUCCGUUUCGAUUAAACUCGGAUUGACUGUCGCAGGACUGGCGAUGGCCGGCGGAGCCUACAGCGGAGCCAACAUGAACCCGGCCAGGAGCUUCGGACCGGCUCUGUUGGACGGCGAUUGGAUCUAUCAUUGGGCCUACUGGUCGGGUCCUCUGACUGCGGGGUUCGUCGGGGGUUUGUUAUACAGGGUGUUGUUCGCUAGGGAGCCCAAACUCAACGAGACCGUGCCGGAAUUGGGGCCCACCCGAGAGAAUACUUAA